AUGGAUUCAUUUGUUCCCUUAAAUCUUUCUCAAGAUUUAAUUUCGUCAUACUUUGAUUUAUAUCGAAGAAUUCAGAAAACAUCUCCACUUGAUGGAAAAUCGAUACAAGAGAAACAAAUUCAAGAAUUAUUUAAUGAAGAAUGGAAAAGAUUCGAUACUCUACAACUUCAAAAUGAGAAUGAACAACUGAAACAAGAAUUACAGUCACUCCAUGAAGAAUUAUUGCAAUUAAGAAGUGAAUUACAACGUACUCAGUUAGAAAGAGAUCACUUAAGAAAAGAAAACAGCAUGGUGCAUCAAAAACUAGAUAAAGUUAAAUUAAUGCCAACUACGAUGAAAAAUGUAGAGUCUCAACAGUUAUCAACAUUUGUUUCUGCAGAUAAGAACAGUGAGAAGAAUACAAUUGAUGAAUUAAAAAAUCUUUCUCCAAGUGAAAUCACUUUGGAACAAGCAGAGAAAUGUAUUCAAGAAAUUUAUUAUCGACGAACAGCAUUCAAUGAAAAUGAUAUGCGAAAGUCUAUUUGUGGAUCACUUAAACAUCUUGGCUCUAAUCUUUAUACUUCCCCUGUACAUUUUUUACAUGAACUUAUUCAGAAUGCUGAAGACAAUUCUUACGAUACUUCAAUUAUACCGUGUUUACGUAUUGAACUUAAUCAUAGCUAUAUACUUUUAUCGAACAAUGAACGAGGUCUUCGAGCAAGAGAUGUAUUAGCUAUUUGUAGUUUAGCUGUGAGUACCAAAACAAUUGAACAGGGACAUAUAGGUGAAAAAGGCGUUGGUUUUAAAUCAGUUUUUGGUGCUUCAAAUGAACCGAUGCUUGUUUCACAUGCUUGGAAAUUUCACUUUCAUGUGCCAGGUCUGGAUGCUAUGUCAUAUAUAACUCCAUUAUGGAUAACAGACAAGGAUCUUCCUCAAUGUAUUUCUAAACAAAUAUCAACAUAUUCUCAAUAUACUCAUCUAUAUCUGCCGUUAAAAUUUCAAGCACAUACACCUGAAGCUAUUUCAUUUCUUGAUCAAGUUAUCAAAGCCGUAGAUCCAUGCAUUUUACUUAAUAUGCGAAAAUUGAAAAAACUCGAAAUUGUUGACGAAAGACAAAAGAAAGUAACAAUUAUUGAAAAAAAAAUUAUAGGUCCAACUAAAUUAGAAAAACAAUCAAGUGUUACAUUCGAAGAUUUUACAUUUCUUAAUCUUUAUGGAUCUGUCAUUGAAUUGCAUAAAUCAACAGAAUAUCACACUUUUCGAGUAUACACGUGUGAUAUUAAUGUAGCAAACUACAUUGAACAAGAACAACCUCCUAAAACACGACCUUCUACAACACAACUAAUUAUAGGAUUUCCUUGUGAGAAAGAUUAUGAAUUGACUAGUACAGUUUAUAAAGGCUUACCUGUUUGUGAUCUUGGUUUUAAUUUUUUAUUCAAUGCUGAUUUUCAAUUAGUUACAAAUCGAGAGAAUGUUCGAGAAAAUGUUCCGUUCAAUACAUUCAUUCGUACUCAUUUAUCAGCACUUUUUGUCUAUCUUUUAUUGAAUGAUACAGACCUAAGAAAAGAUUUUAAUCGUUAUUGUCCAUUAUUCAAUAUAAAUCACGGAAAAUAUUCAUCAUGGUGGCUUCUUAUGAUUGAUUAUAUCAAAAACUUCGUAAACAAAUAUCUUCCAAUAUUAUUGGAUAUUCCAACAGACAAAAAUAUUCGUUACAUCAAUAGAGAUCUAGCAUUACUUAUAUCAAAUGAACAAUUAUGCCAAUGCGCUAAUAUUUAUGUCAUUGAUCCAGAAAAUUCUUUCUCAACAUUGGAACGUUUAAAAUCUUUUCAAAUUCAACCAGUUUCAAUUAUAGAUGUCUUGGAAUGUUUUCCACAUCGAGAAGAAAUAUCAAUAAAUGCAUUUCGACAACAAUUCAGACUUUGGAUACAACAACAAGAUAAACAAUGGUGGUCUCAAUUUUUUCAUCAUUUAUCUCAAAUGAUGACGUCAGAAAUUUCUCUUAAACUUUUACAAAUGCCAAUUUUUCUUCUUCAAAAUGAUGGUCAAAGACAAUAUUUACCAAUCAAUAAUAAUACUCAAUUACUUCUUUUCAUUAGUAAUGAUCCGAAAUUACGGAUGUGGAAAAAACAAAUUACUCUUUUACAAUACUCUUCAGAAUCAGAAAGAAUUGCUCUUGUCAAAACAAAUCAAAUACAAGUCCUAACCGAAAAACGAAUGAUUGAGAUUAUUCAUCAGCAUCAUUUACAAUUAGCUGUGUCAUCUCAGCUUACAGAUCCUGAUAUUGACUUAAUCGAAGAAAUAUGGAAAGAUUUAUCUUAUUUAAAAUCUCAUAUCGAUAAAAUAAAUAAAUCUACUCAAUUUUUAGUACCAGUUAUUGGGACAUCAAAGUUUACUCCAAUUCAAAAUGCAGUGUUACCAACAAUACUUGGAAUAGAUAUACGAAAAUUGAUACAUCCAACAACAACGCUAAUCAUGGAUAUUCCUUAUAAUAAUGCUCAUCAAUGUCAGUUAUCAGAUAUUCUUGAAUGGGAGCAUUUUUUACUUGAAAUGAAUUGUCAAAAAGCAUCAAUUCGUCUUCCUUUAAGCUACUCCAUCAAAGAACUACCUCUUCUACCAGUAUCAACAAUGUUUAGCAAUGAAAAAUGUACUCAAUUAGGAGUGUUGAUUCUUUCAUAUCAAAGAGAUGACACAAAAUAUUGUCUUCGUCAGUUUCCCAUUGUUGAUAAUUCAAAAGGCGAACAACAAAUAAGUCCAGUUUCCGCCACAUUUGAUGAAACGAUCGUAAUUAAUUUACCAACAUUACCACGUAUCACUAUUCCACUUUAUUGUCGUACAUUAGCAAAAAAUCUUGGCAUCUGCGUUGAAUAUGAUCUUCGUACGUGCGCUAACAUUCUACAAUUACUGAGCGAUGAAAAAAAUACAAAUACUGAUUUGUAUAUUAAAUGGUUAGGUCACUUGCAAUUAUAUGUUCUGCAACAGCACACUGAUUUGAAUACAACAAGCUUGCUUUCAUCAUGCCGAUUGUAUUUUCCUGAACAAAAUAACUUUUAUUCAUUAAAUGAACUUUUAAUUAUAUCGAACAGUGAAGAAUAUUCUGAUGCUAUUUCAAUUAUUUCUAAAUAUCUCAAAUUACAAUUAAUUUCACCAUUAAUCAAUCAAACGUAUUGGCAGUUCAAAGAUCUUUUUCAUUUGCUGGAUUGUAAGUCUACAUCUACAAUUACUAUUGAUGACAUUUGUACUACAAUUGAUCUGGCAAAUCAUGACAAAAAUAACUUCUUUGCUUUGGGUGAUUGCACUACAAUUCUAACAGAGAAUGGCAUGGAGAUAAUCAUAAGCCUAUAUCAAUAUUUGGAAGAUUUUAUUUUAAAAUGNAAUGAACUUUUAAUUAUAUCGAACAGUGAAGAAUAUUCUGAUGCUAUUUCAAUUAUUUCUAAAUAUCUCAAAUUACAAUUAAUUUCACCAUUAAUCAAUCAAACGUAUUGGCAGUUCAAAGAUCUUUUUCAUUUGCUGGAUUGUAAGUCUACAUCUACAAUUACUAUUGAUGACAUUUGUACUACAAUUGAUCUGGCAAGAAACUAUUCAUAA